CUGUGUCAGGAGCUUUGCGGAAGUGUUUGAAAACAGUCAUAUGACCAGGCAGGCAGGCAGGCAGGCAGCUGCUGAAAAUGUUCCCCAGCUAUGGAUAAACUUCAUCGGACACGGUGACUAACAUCCGCGACGACCACGAUGGACGAGAUUAAAGUGUCUCCUGACUAUAACUGGUUCAGAAGCACAGUGCCCUUGAAGAGAAUCAUCGUGGAUGAUGAUGACAGUAAGGUGUGGUCUCUGUAUGACGCCGGCCCAAAGAGCAUCAGGUGUCCCAUCAUCCUCCUCCCUCCAGUCAGCGGGACGGCCGAGGUGUUCUUCCAGCAGGUGUUAGCUCUGACGGGGUGGGGCUACAGGGUCAUCUCGCUGCAGUAUCCGGUCUACUGGGACUUAAUGGAGUUCUGUGACGGCUUCAGGAAGCUUCUGGAUCACCUACAGCUGGACAAGGUCCACCUCUUCGGGGCAUCUCUGGGAGGAUUCCUGGCUCAGAAGUUUGCAGAAUGCACGCACAAAUCUCCCAGAGUUCACUCUCUGAUCUUGUGUAACUCAUUCAGCGACACCUCCAUCUUCAACCAGACCUGGACGGCGAACAGUUUCUGGUUGAUGCCUGCCUUCAUGCUAAAGAAGAUUGUUCUGGGGAACUUUGCAAAAGGACCUGUGGACUCCAAGAUGGCCGAUGCUAUCGACUUCAUGGUGGACCGGUUGGAGAGCCUGAACCAAAGCGAGUUAGCAUCGCGGCUAACGUUAAACUGUCAGAACUCGUACGUGGAGCCUCAUAAAAUCAAAGAUGUUGCCGUGACCAUAAUAGACGUGUUUGACCAGAGCGCGCUGUCACUGGAGGCAAAAGAAGAGAUGUACAAACUGUAUCCAAACGCCAGACGAGCUCACCUGAAGACGGGAGGAAACUUCCCCUACCUGUGCAGGAGCGCUGAGGUCAACCUUUACAUACAGAUCCACCUUCGUCAGUUCCACGGGACCAGAUACGCCGCCAUCAGUCCGGACAUGGUGAGCGCGGAGGAGCUGGAGGUGCAGGCCACUCACCUGAGUGACGAACAAUGAGACUACCUUUACCUGUAGAGAACAUUUCCUCUGGUCUGAACGUAUCAUUUCAAACAGGAACCAAUCAGCAGAGAGUGUUUUCCUUUGACAGAUGAAGCAAUAUUUUGUAAGGAUGUGCUCUGCUUUAACAACACAUGACACUUUGCCUUAUGUGAGCCAAUCAGAUCACCGUUCCCGUCUGCCUGAACUCUUUCUGUUCCUGUCCCGUUCCAGCUGCUUCCUGUUUACACACCUCUCACCUUCUCGUCUGUUUCAGUUCAGUUUUUUACCCGUUAUUAAAUCACACGUUUCUAACUGCAUGAAAUCCUCAUGUUGAGUUAGGGCUGGGCAAUAUGGACCAAAUAAUACCUUUAGUUCUAAUCUGAAUGGUCAAACAUGAUAAAUGUGAGUAUAUGUCUGUAAAAAAUGAACGAAUGGAGGUCACGUGACCAGAAUGAUCAACUCUGAAAUGAUUCUUGUAGAAAUAAAACCACAUUGAAACCUGAUUGAUACCAUGGGGACAAAAAUAGAAGUCCUGGAUGCCAAAUAUCGGACAAUUUAUUGAAUUAUUCAGAAACGACAUGGACACCAUGAUCUUCAGUCAGAUUUGAACCAAAAGCUGCACACAUUGCAUGAAUAUUUUGCCGGUAUAUCUGUGUUUUGUUUGUCGACAGCGCUCAGGUGUUUGCCUGCAAAUUUUGAACAUAAAGAAUAAUAAAUAUUCCAGUUGUGUGUGUCCACCUGCUGUGGUAUUAAACUGAUCAGUGUGGUUGAAUUUUUGCUCAUUAAAUCAAAUAAAUUUUCCAUUUAGACUAAAUAUUUCAAAAACAAGCAUGUGACUUUUGAUGCUUCUUCCCUUCUUAUGACUGACCAAUCAGCCUGCAGUGAUUUUUCACUCCUUGAAUCAACAUAAACUUCAUUUAUAGCUCCUCUUACUCUGAUUAGAGAACUAAUAAAUCCUAGUAACUCCAUAUUCUGCCCGGCCCUCUGCUGUGAAAACUGUCAAACAGCAGGCAGUGAAACACCGGCUCUCUUUAAAUGAACUGGAAUUCAAAGGCAGGUGAAAAUGUCUCUGGAUGUUUCUUCCUUUCUAUUUAAAAACAGUCACUUCCUGUUUCUACACAAGCCUCCGUCAGCCUGCCUGCAGCUGUCUCUCUUUACUUUCUGUUUCUAAAUAAAUGAAAAUAUGUGAUGUGCCUUCUGUAA